AUGUCUUCAGCCGCAGUCCUUUCGCUUCUCUUCGCCGCAGGAGUCAGCGCUCAGCAAGCGGGGACAAACACGGCAGAAACGCAUCCUGCCCUGCCCAUCUCCGAAUGUACAGCCUCGGGUUGUUCCACUUUGGACACCUCCAUCACCCUCGACGCAAACUGGCGCUGGACACACACCGUCGACGGAUCGACGAACUGCUACACAGGCAAUGAGUGGGACACCUCAAUCUGCACAUCUCCCAGCGUCUGUGCGCAGUCCUGCGCCGUGGACGGCGCGGACUACUCCUCGACCUACGGCAUCACGACACCUGAGGAUGGGUCGCUAUCUUUGACCUUCGUUACUGGCGCCAAUGUCGGAUCCAGGAACUACUUGCUUGACGCCAGUGGAGAAGCAUACAAAAUUUUUAAUCUGAAGAACAAAGAGUUCACGUUCGAUGUCGAUGUCUCGAAGCUCCCAUGCGGGCUGAAUGGCGCUUUGUAUUUCGUUGAAAUGGCUGCUGACGGAGGGAUGUCGGCGUAUGAGAACAACAAGGCCGGCGCCAAGUACGGUACUGGGUACUGUGAUGCGCAAUGUCCUCAAGACGUGAAAUUUAUCAACGGAGAGGCCAAUAUCGUGGACUGGACACCAUCGACUGGCGAUCCGAGCUCCGGGACAGGUUUGAUAGGUGCUUGCUGCGCCGAGAUGGACAUUUGGGAAGCGAACUCGAUCUCUGCUGCUUUCACGCCUCAUCCUUGCAACGGUACUGGUCUCACGGCCUGCAAUUCCACCGAGACAUGCGGUGCUGGUGAUUUGAGGUAUGAUGGUAUUUGUGACAAGGAUGGCUGCGACUUCAACUCCUACCGAAUGGGUAAUGAGAGCUUCUACGGCGAGGGCAGUAUCGUCGACACUAGCUCGACUUUCACAGUCGUGACCCAGUUCAUUACCGAUGAUGGUACUGAUACCGGCACCUUAUCCGAGAUCAGGCGUAUCUACGUUCAAGGUGGAACAGUAAUCCAGAAUUCUGUCAGCGAUGUCUCCGGCGUCGAUACAACCAACAGCAUCACAGAAGGUUUCUGCGAGCAACAGAAGACCGCAUUCGGUGACACGAACAGCUUCGAUGCCCGUGGUGGGCUCGCGGCGAUGGGCGAUGCGUUCGAAAGAGGAAUGGUGCUCGUUCUCUCCAUUUGGGAUGACUAUGCCGCAUCAAUGCUGUGGCUGGACUCCACUUAUCCGACAGAUGGAACAGGACCGGGAGUCAAGAGGGGAACAUGCGACGCAGCAAGUGGCGCUCCGGAAACUGUGGAGGCUGAUCACCCAGAUGCGUCGGUGACGUUCUCGAAUAUCAAAUAUGGCGCUUUGAAUUCGACUUUCAGCUCGGCAUGA